AUGGUGCCUGUGUUGAAUUCGUUGAACAUUGAUGUCUCUGUAACUGGGAAUCACGACUUCGAUUUUGGAUACCCUCAUCUUUCUAGUCUUAUCAAAGAUAUCGAUUUCGUAGAUUCCACUACCUCAAAAACCCCGGAGCACUUGAAGCAAUUUGUCGUUCUCGAAAGAGCAGGAGUUCGAAUUGGGAUUAUUGGCCUAGUUGAAGAGGCAUGGAUCACCACCGUUGCCUCAUGGCCUCCGGAAUUUCAUUAUCAACCAAUGAAAGAAAUUGGACUCGAGCUCUCACAAGUUCUUCGAGACCCAAAAGGAGAAUAUCAGUGCGACAUAAUCAUUGCCCUCACGCACUCUCGCCUGCCAAACGAUAUCGACCUCGCGAAAGAGCUUUUCGCCUUGUCACCGUCAGGACAAAGCACGACACCGAUUGCCUCCGAGCAUGGCGUGGAUAUCAUCCUCGGUGGUCAUGACCACCUUUACUUCGUUGGCCGUGGAGUAACUUCGUGGGACGGCUUCGACGUGAACGAAAAGGUCCUUGGAGCUGAAUCUGACGAAGGCGACGUUUUGGUGAUCAAGAGUGGUUCUGACUUCCGCGACCUUAGUGAGAUCAACCUCGAGUUGAUUGCUACCCCAGAAGGAAGUGUUCGAAGAAGAGUGAUCAGCAAGAUUACAGGGAAAAGGCAUACAGUCAAACCAGAAAUGAGGUCAUCAGAAUCUUUGGCUGAGUUGCUGAAAGACCUGAUGUCUUCCGUGUCGUCUGCCCUCAAAGCGCCUGUUUGCAUGACAGAAGUCAUGAUUGACGUUCGCUCCUACUUCAUCCGCGUCCAGGAGUCCCCGGUGGCGAACUGGUUUGCCGAUAUUGCUAGGUAUGCCUAUGAUGACACACUCUGUAUACGAGGCUGCGGUGGGUCAGAUGGGGUUCUCCUGUGCGCUGGCACAUUCAGAGGGGACUCGACAUAUGGCCCAGGUCCGAUUACUAUCGGUGACAUUCUUGAGAUACUGCCAUUUGAGGACCCCAUCGUAGUCUUGGAGGUGGACGGAGCGACGUUGUGGGACGCCUUGGAAAGUUCUCUUCGAAUGUGGCCAGCUCAGGAAGGUCGCUUCCCCGCAGUUUCUGGCUUCCGUAUCUCGUUGGAUUCUAGCAAAGAACCAGGGAAUCGCGUAUUGGGAAUUUGGGUGUUGAAGCCUAAUAAUGGACAACCCGGUCAGGUCGAAGAAGAGGAGGUCAAAAGGGAAACCGAUGGCAGAAAGUAUAAACUCGUGACGCGAGAGUAUAUGGCCCAAGGACAUGAUGGAUUUUCAGCUCUGACGAGAGGCAAAUGGUUAAUUGACCAUGAAUGUGGAUCCACGUUGAGCACCAUUGUCAGAAGAUAUUUCCUCGGGUCCCAAUUCGUCAACAAAAUGCUUCGGCUGCAGGAUGGACAGAAAAAUGGGUUCCUGAAUGUCAAGACCAAAGGAAUUCUUGAAGCAUUACAUCAGGAGGCCAAACCAGAGAACUCCACUGCUAUCAAUCUUUGGAAACAAGCCGUUGGGGCCGUCAUCCAGCACACCCGCUCUAGAUUGCACUAUCAACAAUACUUCAAUAUGUCGGCAACUGAGCACAUGAGUUCAGUCGACGCAUUCGAUGGGGGAAAUGCUAGGAAAGGACAUGCUUGCACCGAGUCUUCUGCAGACACGUUGAGUGAGGAUUUACUUGUUGUGCACCCUGUCAUCGAUGGCCGCCUGAAGGACGAAGGAAAGGCCGCUCCUUCUUGA